CCGUCGAAUUUCACACGCGACUACGGAAGGUCAAUCAUGGCAGCCUGCACCAAAAGGCUGGAUAGAUUUAUAAUUUCGCUGAGGUUACUGCGAAACCUGCAGCUUCAAAAUGAGCGGCUUCUGUCUACAUCUCCGUGUCUUCGUGCUGCUGGGAAUGACACCGAGUCGCCUAAAUUCGUCCCUCCGUCGAAACCUGUCAUCGUAGAUAAGACUCAGACUGUGGCAUCUCUCCGAAAGUUUCUGAGCCCAGAGUUCAUCCCUCCUAGACAGAGAACAAACCCUUUAAAAUUUUCCAUUGAGAGGAAAGAUAUGAUUCGCAGAAGAAAAGUGCUCACCAUUCCUGAAUUUUAUGUUGGGAGUAUUCUAGCUGUGACUAUGGCAGAUCCCAAUGCUAACGGGAAAACCAACCGCUUCAUUGGCAUCUGUAUCCAGAGGGGAGGAAAAGGGCUGGGGGCCACAUUUGUCCUGAGGAACAUCAUUAAUAAACAAGGUGUGGAGAUCUGCUAUGAGCUGUACAGCCCUCGUAUUCAGAAGAUUGAGGUGCUGAAGCUAGAGAAAAGACUGGAUGACAACCUGAUGUACCUGAGAGACGCUCUGCCCAAGUACAGCACUGUGGAUCCCGAAAUGCAGCCAGAGCCUUUCUCGCCCACUGGAGAGGUGCCUGUCAAUGAGAUUAAGGUAGUAAUGCUCCCAAAGCCGUGGUCCAAACGCUGGGAGCGGCCAAAGUUCAACAUCCAGGGCAUCCGCUUUGACCUCUCCCUGACCCAGGAACAGAUGGAGCAUGCCCAGAAGUGGGCACAGCCCUGGCUGGAGUACGACAUGCUGAAGGAGUACGACACCUCCAAACUGGAGGAGCAGAUCUUCAGUGAAGUCCAGCAGGAGAUGAACAAGUGAACAAUGGACUUUUCAGACAUUUUUCACUUUUGCCAGUGAUGCAGACAUUUUCAGAAUUGGGGGAUGAGGUUGUCAUGGAUGUGGAACAAAUUAAGUUUUAUUCCAAAUGGUUUGUAACAGCCACACCUCUUGUCUAUAACAAGGAGCCAAUAUAGAAAUUUUAAAAGGAUUGUCUUCUUUUUUUCUGUAUAUCAGUCUGCUGUAUGGUAGGAGUUCUUCCAGUGUCAUGGUCCUUAACUGUGACAUUCACAAUAUGCGGAUAUUAAGUGACCUCUGUAAUAAAGCUAAUUAAC